AUGGCCCAGAAUUUGCCAUUUUCCAUCGCUAAUAUACUCCGCGCAGACUUUCCCGAUCCGUCACGUGUAAGCAAAUUACCUCCGAUUGUGCAAGAGCAACCACAGAAAGAAAACUGGGAAAGUGUAUUCGAAAGAAGAAGCCAGCCUCUUCGAGGUCGUCCCUUCCGCUGCGAUGAAGUAGGACCUUUGGAUGGGAAUGGAGCAUGCAGCACUCAUGUGGAUGCGCUGGAAAGCUGCAUAGAAUUUCUUCAACCCGACUUCGUUGGGAUCGAAGAAGAGCAACAAAGUCUUUUGAAUGUAGAGCUUAAAGGUAGCUAGCUAUCAAUGAUAUUUUGCAACGAAGUAUUUGUACGAUAAAAAUGCAUUUGUAAGAAUACAAUCAGUAAGUGCAUUAUAAAUUCAUUGCAUUCUGUGACUUCUUUCACUUUUUACUACACAAGCUAAAAAUAAAGACCGUUGUUAGAUGCCUCUGAUACCAGUAAAAGAACGCAAGUCGCUUCAAAUUCCAGAAUGGUUAACGAACUUUUACAUGUAACGAUGAGCAUUUUUAUAGCAACAUUUGAUUUUUUCUAAGGCAUUUCAAAAUUGCUUUUAGGACCAUCCGUUUUGAACCAUUAAAUAAAUGAUCACGACUAUUUCGACACAUCGUGUCCUUAUAUUUGCAAAGGAGAUAAACUCCGCCAUGAAGAAACUUUCGACGGAAAAGGGCAAAACUUGUAUAUACAUAUUAUUAUUAUUAUUAUUUUUUUUUUAAACACAUCGCCUCUCACGCGAGAAAGUAUUUCAGGAUAACAGAGUCUAUCAUUAAAAAAAAUUCAUUAACAUCUAGAGAAGAUCUACCAAUGUAGAUAGUGAUUCAUAAGUAGAAUAUUUAAGGGCUCUUUUUAAAACACGCUCUUCUUCCAAACUGCAGCAAGUUUUAGUUUGGCACUAGUCUGCUAUUCUGCGUAACAGGUGUUAACACGAGUGAGCAGAGUGAGCGAAAAUUUACGCUCGCGAGAGAGGCUGAGAAAAUUCCUACCAACGUGUCUUCUCCCUCUCGCGUGUGUUACGUGUAUCACACGCGAGAGGGAGAAAUCAAACUAGCCCCAGCCGCGCGGGCUAUUUUGAAAUUUCGUCUAACUACUUUCAUUUGUCAUCCUAGAAAACGGCACCAAGAAAAGAACGGUUCAAAUUUCUUCAAGAGACUGUAAGACACAAAAAUUGCCCAAAAGGAGACGCACACGCUUCUCACGAAUGCAAGUGAAGUAUUUAGAAGAUGCAUUUUCUUGUCAACAUUACCUAACCCGCGACGAACGACGGGUGCUGGCAAAUGCACUGGGGCUUAAGGAAGUACAGAUCAGAAACUGGUUUCAAAACCGGAGAUACCGGUUGAGGCAUCAA